CUUUUCAUUCUCCUGUUUCCUGCACCCCGUUUCCUCAUGGAGUGGUCUGGCCGCGGAGAGACCAGAGAUGGUUCUUUGGUGCAGGAGUCACUCUCACUGAGAGAUCGCGUAGCACAGAAUCCUGUGCCUUACCAAGCCUGUGCACUGGCUCUCAUCCUUCUUGGUCUCGUGUGCCUUAGCUUUGGGAUGCAUGAUAGCGGCUUGAUGCCCGCUCUUGAGCAGCGGCCCGAGCAGGGCUUUUGCUGCUGGCGAGACCAUCCCAUCCCUUUCUAUGCUGGGGACCCGUGCGAGUGUCCUGCCGAGCAUCGUGGGGACUACCCCUGUCCACCACAGGGCUGCAGUCAGGGUCCUGACACGUGGCAACGGGGGCCAGGAACACCGACCAAUACCAAGGAGUUUUGCACAUCCAACAUUGGAGCGGGCUCCUGGUGCCCAAGCGACAGAAAAGCCUUCCCAGUCAACGAAGCAUCAACCUCCUUCUGUUGUUGGCGCGACCAUCCAGUCCCGGGCUAUUGGGGCGAUCCGUGCAAUUGUCCCGCUGAGCAUCGUGGUGACUACACGUGUCCUCAGGAUGGGUGCACGGACUCAACUGGUGCCAAAUGGCAGCGUGGUUCAAAAGCCCCUUUCGCCAAUGAGGAAAAUUACUGUCGGAGCAUGUCCAACAUUGCAGCAUGGUGUCCGGGAUGAAAAGACUCCACCGGAGGGACCAAAGGUCCAGAUUUCCGAAGAGUCCGCCGGUACACUUAGACUUGUAGGCCUUCCACUUCCAUCGCUUGUUUCAACUUGCUUCAGUACAACUUGCAUU